CCCAAGACAGCGCGUCAUACAAGUCAGACGGACCCAAGUCAUAUGAUCUAGUGCCAGAUCACGGAAGCAGAGGAAAACAAAGCAUCACUCAACUGCGAGUUCAGCAAGGCCCAUGCCCUGAAGAUGGCAGAUAAGAACUUUCUUUCAGUCUUGGUCAUAACACUCUGUACAGUCAUUACAUGUGAUGGGAGUGUAUCCCUGUCUGCGCCAGCCACUGUAAAUCUGGAGGUCAAUGGUUCAGCCAAUAUCACCAUAACACCUAGCUCUCCUCUGAAUGUGUCCGCACUCAUUUUUUUUAACUUCACUGACUCCUCUGCAAAUGUGACCUCAAUACUUCAACUGCCUCAGCAGGUAGAAUUGCCUGCAGAUGCCACAUCAAGCACAUUUGAGGUUCAUGCAGAACAUGUGGGUCAGGUGACAGCCUAUUUAUACAGCAUCAACACUGACAUUGCAAGCUUUAAGACCAGAAUCCGUUUCUUGGUCAUUAGAAGCAAUAUCAUCGAUAUCAUUAACCAAUUCAUUGGUUGGAUUUACUUCCUUGCAUGGUCUAUCUCAUUCUACCCUCAAGUAUAUGAGAACUGGAGAAGAAAAAGUGUGGUGGGGUUGAACUUUGAUUUCCUGGCACUCAACUUGACAGGCUUCAUUGCCUACAGUGUCUUCAAUGUAGGCCUCUUCUGGGUUCCGUACAUGAAGGAAGAGUUUGUGAAGAAAAAUCCAAACGGUGUGAACCCAGUGGAUGCCAACGAUGUGUUUUUUAGUCUCCAUGCAGUUGUGCUGACUCUUGUGUAUAUCUGUCAGUGUGCAAUCUAUGAGAGAGGAGGGCAGAAGGUGUCCAAGAUUGCUAUUGGCCUUCUGGUGGUUGGAUGGACAUUCGCCCUGGUCACCCUCUUUGUUGCUGUGGCCAAUAAGAUCACCUGGCUGGAAUAUCUCUAUUAUUUCUCCUACAUCAAGUUAGGUGUCACCCUCGUCAAAUACAUCCCACAGGCCUACAUGAACUACCAAAGACAAAGCACGGACGGGUGGAGCAUUGGCAAUGUGUUGCUGGACUUCACAGGAGGCAGCUUCAGUCUUAUUCAGAUGAUCCUUCAGUCAUAUAACAACAAUGAAUGGAAGCUCGUCUUUGGCGAUCCCACAAAGGCUGGACUUGGUUUGUUAUCCAUAUUCUUCGAUGUGGUGUUCAUCAUUCAGCACUACUGUCUAUACAGGCAUAAACCGCAUUACGAUCCAAUGGGUGACCAGAAAUAGGCUAAUAACCUCUCACUCUCUACCUCUGCCAGUGAAACUGGGGCCAAAUUAGUUUCUAUAGGACUAAUAUAAGGUAUUUAUUCUAUGCUGUGUUCCCAGCCAUUGAAUGGGAAGCUAUUUAGGGAAGCUAUUUAAACACAGGGCCUUUGCUUAAAAAGCACUUUUUGCAAAAUGAUUGUUUAGGAUAAUAGGGAUUUAUUUUUGUUCCAUAAUUUGUGAAGAAAUUCAUAGUUAUGGUUUGAUUCCAUUAAGGGAGGAACUAUGUAAUCUUUUUGAAAAAUGACUGUAUAGGCCUAUAACUUUUACAUCUGUCAAAGCAAUCGUUAAUUUUAUACAAUUGUUUAUUUUUGUUAUUUUGACUUUUCUAUAUUUGAAAGGUAAUUUCUAUUUGGAAAUGGAAAUAGAACAUCAUGCUUUAUUGUCAAAUUAGUAAAAGUUUUC